UGUACAACAGGUGCUUGACAACAAGAAGCUAAUUGACAAUUUAUUUUCAAUUUACGUUUCCUUUUCAUUUAUUAAGCGACAAAUAUUGUCAGAAACAUGGCAAACGAAAAGUUGAUGAAGGGAGAUGUUAUGGAAUUCGCAUCGAACAUGAAGAAACUGUUAAAUAACAAAGAUCACAGUGAUGUUAAGUUCCUAAUUGGACAAAACAGAAAACCUGUGUAUGCUCAUCGAUGCAUCCUGUCAUCUCGUUGUGCAGUGUUUAAAGCCACAUUUGCAGAGCAGACACAGAAAAAUGGAACCAUUGACAAAGACACUCCAUUUGUACUAUCAGAUAUGUCAGCAGAUAUCUUCAUGGCAAUGUUGGAGUUCAUAUACACAAAUUGUGUCACACUCACACCAAAAAUUGCAAUAGAAGUUUUAGCCACAGCAUUAGAGUAUGGAUUAGAUGAUUUAAGACGGUUAUGUUGUGAGUACCUGGAGGAAAACCUGAGCAUACAGAAUGCAUGUGACUGUAUGCAGGCGGCUGUCACAUACGGACAGGAGGACCUGAAAGAAAAGGUCCUUAUCUACAUUGAACAACACACAGAGAGUGUGUUCAAGUCUAAGGCCUUCCAGGAGUUAUCGGAAGAUGCCCUAGCAGAGGUACUAAAAAUAGACGGGCUCGGAAUGGACGAGGCUGAAAUUAUCAAAUAUGUGAAGGAAUGGGCAGCUGUCAACUCGGUGGUGUUGGGAAGGCCUGUGGCAGAUGUAGCGAAGAACGUGAUCGUGUGGAUCCGAUUGCCCAUCCUUACACCAGAUGAGAUUGAAAAACUGGAGAAGGAUAACAAGAAAGAUAACAUCAUUCCUGUUGAAUUGUUCAGCACAGCCUGGAGAUUUCAUGCCCUUAAUCAGCCCGACCCAAAUAACGAGAGAGCUCGCAAACGAAUUGGCACCCAGGAGCGAUCACACCAUAAGAACCUCAAUGGUUGAUCAAAUGUGCCUAACGUUUUUGAGUACAUUACUGUUUUUAACCUCUAUAAAAAUAUGACAUAAUAAUCAAACCACAAUGGGCAUGAGGUUCAAACAGUGUAAUACCUCUCUGUCAUUUUUUUCUUAUGCAUGCUUUUGCACAACAUGUAUGAAUACUUGAAUUGUCAAAAGGAAUUCUCAGAAUGCAUGUUGAUCUAAGUGAUAGGUGUGUUACUUCUGGCAUACCAAGUAAUAAUAAUCCUAUAUAAAGCACAUUAAUACAUAAUAUAAUUCAUAUGUUUACUUUCAAUUUUUGAUAAUAUCUUGUUUCUGUUUAAGGUAUUGAAAUGAGAUUAUAUGAAAUACUUAUGAAUUUCAGUUUGCUUUUGAUGAUCUGACUUUUAAUGGUAGUUUUUACUUGGUAUCAUUGCUUUGUGAAAGGAAAAUAUACUGUAUAAAAGUUCAUAUACCUAUAUAAGAUCUGAAUCAAUUAAUUUUGAGUGUAAAUCUGGACUAAUACUGCCGUCACACCGGACUGGCGUCCUUACCGCGUCCUAAACUGUCAUAUUUUGGAGAACGCUGAUGGUCGCAUUGAGAACGCCAAUGAUUUUUCUAAAAUAAAUCCAGAUUUCGGUCAGCCGUCACACCGGAGUUCUGUGCUCUGCGAUCUGUGUAUGUACACGGCGUUCCCAACACGUUCUUACUGCGUCCUUGGAGUUUCUAUUGAGUUUACACGGCAUCACUGCGGCGUCCAAACCUGGUAAGGAAGUGGUCUUCCUUACCGUGUGGUACGGUCCAUUCGGACCAGGUAUGGGAAACUGGCAAGGCCGAAGUCUGGGGCUGGGACUGGCGACCGCACCGAGCGUGAUAUAUGGAUCAUGGACAAGUUUGACUUCUUAAAGUCGCACAUCUAUGAGGUCCAGCAUCUUCUUAACCUUGCCCUUCUUCUCCUUCGCCGUCUGAUAAGUUUUACAGCUAUGACAUGAUCAUCUGCCUGCUGCUGCUGCUGGACAAUAAGUAUAUGUUGCAGUGCGAGCAAGUUCAUCAUUUAUUCGGCCCUGAUGAUGGUGAGUACGAGAAAUACACUGAUAAAGAUAGGAUGAAAUAUUGGGUUUUAUAGCUCUUCUUGGGCGAACAGUAGGAACGCGCUAGGAACGCAGUGCAAACUCCGUAGAAACGCAAUAGUCGUAGUAGGCACCCCGUAGAAACGCCAUUAACGCCGCAGUGACGCAUUGAGAACGUUGUAAGGUCGCGGACAAUAGCUCAAAUCCCGAAAUAUCCGCCCUGACAUCGCGGUAAGGACGCCAUAGACGUGAUGGGGUCGUGGUAAGAACCCCAUAGACGUGGUAAGGACGCAGUAAGGUCGCCAUUGGUUCCCCCGAUCCUUUUCUCCGCGUUUACAUGGCGACUCUACCACGUCUGUACUACGUUCCUUUGGCGUUGUUCGGGUUCCUACUGCGAUGCUACGGCGACCAUGGCGACCUCAGGGCGAUCCCACGGCGUCCUGAGCCAGGACGCGCUCAGGACGCCGAACCUCGGCGUUUACUUUGAACAUGUCCAAAGUAAACGCCAUCGCUCUGCGACCUUCGGCGUCCUUGGGGUCCCCACGGCGUCUUGAUGCGUUCUCACCACGACCCUACGGCGUCCAUGGGGUCCCUUCCACGUCCUGGGUCGCCGUAGGGAUGCAGUAAGGACGCCAGUCCGGUGUGACGGCUGCAUAACUAUGUCUAACUUGUAUUAACUUUGAAAACAGUUAUAAAAAUGUAUGCAUUUGAAUUUGUACUUUUAUAGUUUAAAAUCCAUGAACUUUGUUUUAUAAAUGAUGUGUAUUAGCCUUAAUCUUAUAUAGUUUGUUUCACUUGAGUUUCUUGCAGUGCACAAGUUUUCUUAAUUUUAUAUAUACAACCGUAUUUAGUUGUUUUACCUUUACUUAGAUUUACCAUGAGUAUUAUCUUGAUAAAAGCUUGAAUAGACUCCAAGCAUUUUUAAUUGGUUUUUACUUUCAUAUUCACUUCUAGCUCACCUGAGCACAAAGUGCAGACGGUGAGCUAUUGUGAUCAUCAUGUGUGCUGCGUCUGGCUUGUGUGAACAUUUUUGGCUCAUUAGGUGCCAAGGAGCCAAAACCACGUUUUUUUCAAAUGGUGACACUGGGGUAAAAACUGGCCCUGUCCUCAAAUGGUGAGGAUCAAAACUGGCACUACCUUAAAAUGGUGACCGUGGGGUCAAAACUGAAGAUAAUUAAUAUGGUAGACAAGUAAUUAUUAAUACGUCUUUUGACUAGGUUUAAAAUAAUCAUAUUAUUGAUAAACAGUUAAUCAUAUUUUGCUAACAUCAUACAGUUGAUAGCAAUCAUUACCCUGUCACCCAGUAAAUUUGAAAAAUAAUGAGCCACAUUAUGUAACAGGCUCCAAAAGAAUUUUUAAGCCAGGAGAUGUAGCAGCCAGGUGUAAAUAGACAUUGUACAAGAAGUAGUGAAAUACAUUGCCUAAUAAUUAAUGACUGAUCGAUAUGAAUCUUUAAAAUGAUUGAUAUUGAUUAACAAGUUCACUGACAAUUAUUGAGCAUUUAAACACACUUGUUUAUUAUUAUGUGUUGUCGCUUGUUUUGCAUGCUUCUUGUAUGAAUAUUGAUUUUGAUUAUUUUUCAUUUUAUAAAAGAUUGUUGCUGCUGUUAGCUAUUCAUGUGUAAAUAAAUAAUUAAUGCACAAAUGGUGACACUGGGAUAAAAAAAAUAUAGCAGAAUUGUGAAAAUCGCAAGUUGUAAACCUAUUGCUUAGAUGAGCAUUUUAGGGCCAUCAUGGCCCUCUUGUUCUAUUUUCAUGUAUUCUUUUAUGUUCUAAGAGACAGUGUUACUUCUAGAAAAUAGGUUAUAUUUUAAUAAAAAUACAUGAAAUGAAAUAGACAUAUCUUUUACUUUUUAAAAUUUGAAUAAUCAACCCUAAGGCUU